UUGAUAAGUUAGCGAUUUAUUUCAAAAAUUUUAGAAUCACCUGAAAUUGUCGAGAGUCGAAUUCCCAAUGAAUUAAUUCGAUAAAAAAAAAACUGAAUUUAAUUUUUAAUAUGUAAUGACAGCAAGUGCAUUAGACCAAUAACAAAAAUAAUCUUGAAAUAAUAAAAACAUAUAAAAAAAAAAUGAAAACAUUUUAUCAAUUAAUUACACUAAAAUCCAAAAAAUGUUUUCUCUCAAUUCUCCGAAUUUUUAGAUUAUAAAAAACACACACAAAUACACUAACACACAUGCAAAAAGUAUACAAAAUAGGUAAAAAAAUUAAUAACUGCAAAUUUGCAACUGUUUGCAACAAAGUAAAAGUGUCUGAUAAUUUUAAAAUGCAAUCGAAAAAAAAAACAAAAAAUGAGCUAAUAAACAAAAAAAAAUUACUUUAGAGCUUAAUAAAAUAUUAUUAAAUGAAAUAUAUGAGUAUUUUAAUAAAGGUGUAUUAAUGUUAUAUAUAUAUACACUGAAAAAGAAGAAAAAAAAAAUUUAAUUUGCUUAGAUUGCAAAAUGGGGAGUCUGCGAAAAUCGUGUUUUAGAGAGUAACAACGACAGACAGUUCAUCGCCAGCAUCGUCAGCCGGGCGGUCGAAUAAGCAGCAACUAGCGGUUCUUGAAAGAUAAAUAAUAAAAAAAAAAAAAAAAAAAUAUGUAGUGUAUAAAAAAAAUAAAACGGAGUAGGUAGAUUGAUUCACAGAAGCCUCAUAAAAAAAUAUAUAUAAUAAAAUAAAAACCGCAGGAAUUAGGUGAAAAUAAUUAUCUUUUUUUUUUAAUGUAAUUUAUGUGAAUUUUUACUGCGCAAUAUUAUAAAUAGAUAAUAAUUAUUUUUGUUAUAUUUUAAUUGACUUUUAUCAGUGAUAGUGCAAGACAAUGCUUGUUUACGAUAUUAGCAUAAAACACUCAUCGAACAUUCAUCGCAAAAUAUUCAAAUGAUUAUUUCAACAAUAGAAAUUUUUUUUUUUUUUUUUCGAAAAACGCAGUGUGACUUAAUAAAUAUUUAAAUUUAUUAUGUGAUAAUUAAAUUAAUAAUUUUAAAGUGAUAAUUAGUUGAUUAUUAAUUUUUAAAUAUAAAUCGAAAUAUAUUUUUUUUUAAAUUUUUUUCUAUGAAUGAGUAAAUAAAUUUCGAAUAUCAACUGAGAGAAAAAAAAAAAAAAAAGAGAAAGGUGUGAAAAUUUCUUCUAGACUGGAUGAUUCGAAGCCGUCAAAAUUUACAGGCUUUAUUGAAUAUCCUUGAAUAAUAAAUAAACUGAGACCUAGUUCUCAUCAACUUUGUCGCACUUGUUGUUAUACCCUCGGCCACGUCGGUUUACAAAAAACCCCCGAAUAAUAAAAAUUUAAAAAAUAAUUUUUUAAAAUGUUAACAACUACUCUAAUCACCAUUGGAAAAAAAUUAUUACGAACAAGGUGGAAAAAAAUGAUUGGGGGACUUCCCAGUGGCUGGAUGAGGAAAGCCCUCCUCUUCCUUGUCCUCAUCACUGGUAUCCUCUUAAUUGCCAUGUAUGCUCAUACACCACCACUUGUUUCUCUACAACCAUUUACACCAAGACGGUCAUUACAAACACCAUGGUCAUGGGUAUGUGUAUCUGGUAGAUGUGAAAAACGAGCUGUUAAAUCAUCAAAAAUAUCAUUUGCAACAUGUAAUGCUAUUUGUGGUGGUAAUACAAGAUUAUUAUGGCCAAGACCAACUGGUGAUAUUAUACUUGAAGAAGAUUCAGCAACAAUUCACAUACAACAAAUUGAAUUUGUCACAAUAAAUACACCAAAUUCAGAUGUUAAAACACUUCUUGAACAGGCAAAAUCUGUUUUUAUUGAUAAUAUAAAAUCAUUGAUAAAAAUACCAAAUGGUAAAUCACAAUCAACAAUUGAUAGUUUUACAAUAUAUUUAACAGCAACAACAAAAAAAGAUUCAAAAUUAACACUUGAUACUGAUGAAUCAUAUAAAUUAAAUGUUGGUAAAAAUGGUAAAAAAAUUGAAGCUCAUAUUAUUGCUGAAAGUUAUCAAGGUGUACGUCAUGGUCUUGAAACAUUAAGUCAAACAUUUUGGUGGGAUUAUACAAUUAGUCGUCAGGGUGGAUUGCAGGUGUUAACAAAUAUUAAAAUAACAGAUAAACCAAUGUAUCAUUAUCGUGGUUUAUUAAUUGAUACUGGUAGACAAUAUUUUAAUAUUGAACAAUUAAAAAAUGUAAUUGAUGGUAUGGCUGCAUCAAAGUUAAAUACAUUUCAUUGGCAUAUAAGUGAUUCACAAUCAUUUCCAUAUGAUUCAAAAAUAUUUCCACAAAUGGCUAGAUGGGGUGCAUUUAGUAAAGAUGAAAUAUAUACACCAGAUGAUAUUAAAGAUAUUGUUUAUUAUGCUAAAAUACGUGGUAUUAGAAUAUUAAUUGAAAUUGAUUCACCAGCACAUGCCGGUGAAGGUUGGCAAUGGGGUAAUGAUUAUGGUUUUGGUGAAUUAUCAUUAUGUGUUAAUCAAGAACCAUGGUCAUCAUAUUGUGGUGAGCCAAAUUGUGGACAAUUAAAUCCAAUAAAUGAAUAUUCAUAUCGUGUACUUGAAUCAUUGUAUAAAGAAUUAUUAGAUAUUACUGAAGUUAGAGAUAUAAUACACAUUGGUGGUGAUGAAGUUAAUUUAGAUUGCUGGUCACAAUAUAGCUCAAUAACAACAGCAAUGCAAACAAUGAAUAUAACUGAUUUACAUUCAUUAUGGGGUGAUUUUGAAAUGAAAAUACAUCAACGUAUUAUACGAGCAAAUCGUGAUAUUAAUCCUAAAAAAGUUAUAAUAUGGAGUUCACCAUUAACUAAAAGACCAUGGUUAACAACAUAUUUUGAUAAAAAAAUACAUGUUAUACAAUCAUGGGGUGGUUCAAAUUGGCCAGAAACUGGUGAUUUACUUGAUGAUGGUUAUCAAGUUAUAUUAUCACAUGUUGAUGCAUGGUAUUUGGAUUGUGGUUUUGGUAAAUGGCGUGAAAUUGGUGAAGCUGCAUGUGGUGAAUAUAGAACUUGGCAAACUGUUUAUAAUCAUAGACCAUGGAAAGAUUAUCCAAAUGCUGGUCAUUUAAUUCUUGGUGGUGAAGUUGCAUUGUGGAGUGAACAAAUUGGUAAAAAUUCACUUGGACCAAGAUUAUGGCCAAGAGCAUCAGCAUUUGCUGAAAGAUUAUGGAGUGACUUACCAACAAAUAGUUUUGUUACUGAAGAAAAUAUUUAUACAAGGCUAUCAUCACAUAUGGAUUUACUUAAAUCACGUGGUAUUAAAACAGAGGCCAUGUGGCCACAAUGGUGUUCACAAAAUCCUGGUAAAUGUCUUUGACCAAAUACCAAAUAGAACGGAAUACUUUGUAAUUACAUUGGAUAUUUAUUCUGCUAAAAUGAAUAAAGGUAUUUAAAUAAAGGUGAAAAAUAAAAGAGAAUAAAUAGAAAAUAAAAAAGAAAACGUAAAAAAAAGGGAAAUAAAAUUAUGCGAUAAUAAAAAACAUAAAAUUAUGUUAACGUAUUUUUAAAAAGGUAUUAUUUUAAUAAUAAUUGAUUUUUUUUUUUUUUUUAAUAAAUCAAAUUUAUAUUGAUUUAUUUUAAUUUUUUUUUUUUUAAAUUAACAAAUGUUUAGACAUUUGAUUAUUUUUAUUUUUAAUUGUAUAUUUUUGAUGAAUUUGUAGAUACUGAUUUUUUUUUUUUUAAAUUAUUCAAUUUUGAUAAAUUUUUUUUUUGAUUUUUUAAUGAAAAUUUGUGAAUAAAACGCUUGAUAUUUAUUGUUAUUUGUGAGAAAAAUAAAUGUUAGGAUAAUAGAUAAAUUGAUUAGGAAAAUGAAAAGAAAAAAAAA